CCCCCCCCCCCAAAACCCUUUCAUGUCUCUCUCCUACAACAACUUGAAAAAACCAUUAGAACAGUUGGGAUUUGACUAGUUGAUAUGUCAUGGAUGAGAUUGCAUUGAUCCAAAAAGGGCUCAACUAAAAUCAAGAAAUGAUGCCUAUAUUUCCAAGAAAAUCAAACACCAAAGUCUUCUCUUGAUGAAAAAGUUGCAGCCCUUCGCCAAAUUAAAGAGGGCUAGCACCAAACUAUUCUUUGAGUAAUCUUCAAGCUUUUUUUGAAACCUCUUCUUUUCUACUUUUGUCUUCUUUUUUUCUUUAUUCUCUUUCAUCUCUCAUUGAAACACACUCGAAUAAAGAGAAAAAAAAGGAAAUACUGUUAUGGAAACUCACCAAUUCAUAUACCCAAUUCUAGUCUUCUUUGUUACUGCCCUUGGCCUUGUCUCCAUCACUCUAUGCAUAGUUGCUGAAUUCAAGAAAACAAAGAAGAAAGAUCUCAGGUUUGAUGGGAAAUUGUGUUACUUGCCUGGAAGUGUGGCUUUUGAAUUGGGAAUUGGAGCUUUAAUUUGUUUAUUAAUGGCUCAAGUGAUUGGGAACUUGUUGAUAUGCAGAAUGUUCUUCUCAAGGGACAGUUGGAAAGCUAAGAAAAAACCCACCCUGCUUAUUAAUGGCUUCAUUUGUGCUCUUUCAUGGGUCAGCUUUGUAAUGGCAAUAAUUUUAAUAGGGGCAGCCAGUAGCAUGAGCAAGAGUCAGCCACUGGGUGAAGGAUGGGUUGAUGGUGAAUGUUACAUAGUCAAAGAGGGUGUCUACAUUAUUUCAGCAAUUUUGGUCUUUGUAACUUUGAGCUCAACACUUGUUCCCUUCAUCUUGAAAAUAAGGAAGAAGAACCAAGUUGAAAUAAGAUGGCAACAUACCUCAACAACAUGAAUACAAGAUGCAUAGACAGAUUUAGCAACAGUUUUUCUUAUUCUUUCUGAUAGAGAAUCAAAGCUCUCGAUCCUAAAAGAAAAGCACACAAGAUCCAACUUUAUAGUGCAAGAAGUGAAUACAAUUAUCAAUCAGUGCAAAUGCAAAUGAGCAAAAAUAUUCUAUUUUGCAGGUUUUGGACUUUUUUUUUUUUUUUUUUUUUUUUUUUUUUUUUUUUUUUUAGAGGAUGGGGAGUGUACUGGAAGGAAGAGAAUUUAGUAAAGGCCUAGGUUUUCGUGUGGUCCCUUUCUAAUGUAAGAUAAAGUGAUAGGAUAAAAAGGAUAGUGACGGUAUAGUAAAUGCAUACACUUCUUUUCCUCCCCACGUGGUGGUGAUAUGUUUACCAAAUUGCAA